UCGACCGCCGAUGGGUUGAACCCUGAGUGGCCAGCACGGUGACAGCAACGACGAUUUUGUCCAAGAAAUCGCUGCUGGACACCGCCGACCCUCGCACCUACCGACGGCGUGGGCAGAGCGACAGAGUGGACUACGUCACUACACCUCCCUCUGACGUCUUCCUUUGUUGCAGUCGGUCGCGCGACACGAAGCUGUAGCAGGAGCUGAACAGAAGGCAAAGGUUUUCUGUGUCUGCCAAUGAACACGGGCUCGAGAAGGCCGACACUCAAAUAGUCUUUUGACAGCCGCCUGCAAAAAGCCACGUUGACGACCGCACCAACCCCGUAGCCAGGAUGAAAGAUCCAACCUUGGCGACCUCUGCCACCUCCCGCCCCAAGUCCCGCCUGCUGGGCCAAGUCAAGAAGGAGACACUUCAGUUCUCGACGAUGGCCCACGGCAAGCCACUGUCCCCAGUCUACCGACAUCACAACCCACUUGGCGACGGCAUCGACGGUACCUGGAUGCCCCUAAGAAGUAUGCAAGAACUGGACGAAAAUUUCCGUCACACCGCCCUUCUCAAUAUUGUGGCGAAUAUCAGCAAUAUCCCAUUCCUCCAAGAAUCUGAAGCAAGAGAAAGUCACCAUCAACUUCCGGAACAAACGGCCCCCUCCCAGAGCCAGAAAUUCCCCUCCUACCAUGCGCUAGAUAUUGGCGGCGUAACCGGACCAACAGCAAAGGGACGAACGGCGCAAAACGGGGUCCCCCCUUCUGCUUCUCUUCAGCAGGAGACCCCCGCCACUUAUCUCCUGACGCCCCGCCCGAGAAGCGUCUCCAUCCCCAGUAAGCUACAUAUGACCGACCUUCCCAACCCCAUCGUCAGCACUUCCCUUAUGCCGGAGGGUUUUAACAAGAUCGACAGCGGGACGUCGCGUGCAGCGUCAGAGGUGGAAGGUCAGGCGAGAAACGAGUGUGAUGGAGCGAACGGCAGUGACUUGCGCCUCGUCUUCCCAAGCGUUUCUAGUCGCUCCAUCAGCAUGAAGGAACUGUUGAUGUCCAGCGUCCCGAUCGCGCGAAGCCCCUGGCAGGCCAUGGACUACCACCACCAGGACGGCGGUGCGUCUACCGCGACUGCAGCUUCCAGCAGCGAUGGCGAAGAUGCUUCCCGCAGCCAACGGCCGCACAAGUCUCCUUCAGCGUCUCCCAUUACUCUGUCGAUGCCAGAGCGAAGCAAUGCUGCGUUUGCCCUGCGUCUUGCUGAGGGGGUGAGAAAAGCAAACCGUUCCCAGACCAGCAACGGCCAGUUACUGUCACACGCGCGACGCCACCUGGCGGCCUCGCGCAAGCGGGAGCUGCUUAAACGAAUGACGGAGGUGGCGAAGUGCGAUGUCGUGGACAUGAUGGAUGCUGUUAAAGUGCCCCAGAGAUCCGAGUCUGUACCUCCCAUGAUCAUAAUGUCGCAGAUGAAGGAGGAGAUCCAGCCACCCGACGAGAGCACCUUCCACAACUUCAGUUACCUCCCGGCCGCAAGCGGCGAUAGCGAGGAAAAGCCAGAAAGUCGAGACGGAUGCUUCCACAAGAGGACACCCACAAAACCUAACAAUCUGUCCCAGGAGUGGGUCAAAAGACCUUUCACAAGGACGACCUGCGAUCUACGUCGACGGUACACCAGGUUGCGCUUGGGCGUGCCUGAUUGGACGCAGUGCCUAACUAGGGACCCAUGGCUGAGCGACGACAAGGGAACCCCUGUCCCGGAGAAGAGUAUCCUCAACGGAGGCUCGCAAAUGAUGUACGGAGUCGUGGGUAGGAAGUUAGGGCGAAGUAACGGCAUCAGGGUGGCAAAUGACACCCGACUCUCGGCGAGCUCCACCCCUACCCUACCAGUCUGCAGCACCCACCAGCCGCAACGCCAAGUCUAACAGACAAGGGGUCCGGGAGCAAUCUCCUAAAGAAGUUGAGGAGUCAUGCCCCUUUCCACCCUACGACCAACCGUCAUAUCAAGAAGAGGCCUGUCCGGGCGGACGAAUGGAUGGCUCUUUUUUCUUGCCCCGUUCGACCCUUCCCGCCCUUUCCAUCACCGGGCUGAGUAGAGACAGACAUGACGUCACUACCUCGCGUGCUGCGCGUCUGGUGAAGCAAAGACGACCCGUGGAUGUAUCGAGCAGCACUAGGAUGUUCCAGAAGAUCGAUGACCAUUGUGUGAAGCUUCAGAGGCAGCUACUCCUCACCCUCAAUGAAGUCCAUCAUCAGGGCUUGCUGUGGAAGAUGCAGCAGCAGGACAGCCAGAAGCCGACGUGCCUACCUGCUAGUCUCCCUGUUGCCUCAGGAGAUCUCCGGGAUGUCCUUGCGACCGAGGCCUACAGCAGAAGAGGUGAGAUCGAGCUACCUGACCUCGACUUAGCGAGAACUGGCGCGCCCUCUAACCAGAAUCUAGCCCCCCAGGUGGCAGUGCUAGUCUGCCAGGAGGGAUACCCAGAGACUGCCGACAGCGUAGCUACGGGCGGAAAUUUUGGUGGCGCGUCGGUGUGGAUUGCUGGCGUCUCCGUUACUGCUGAUAACGACAUUCUUGACGAGAAAGGUGCCGACCCCGGAAACAGACCUGGAGAAGUGGAGGAGGAGGACUGCAUUCUGGAGGACGGAGAUGGGGGCUGUCUGGAAGCAAACUCCUUGUCCUUGACUGCAGGUAAUGACUUGUUGGAUCGCGACGGUGCAGGCGAGGCCGCGGGUUUGAAGCCCGUGCUGCAGACUGUCAAUGAGCCACGCUACCAAGGAUGCUCCUCUAAAGUGCCCGAUAACCAAGCCCGCAGUCGGAUCCAUUACGUGAACGCCAACCACGCCGAGUUAGGACAGGAGACGCUUCAGCACGAGUACAGGAUUCUGAAGGCCUUGGAUCAGGAUGUGUAUCACGACUUUCAACACAAGAAAUUCCGAAACAGCGGUAGCACCACCCUUCCCAAACUCAGAAGUAAAAAGGAUCAACCCAGGGUUCACUUCUACAAGGUCAAGGUCGUGGAAACCGAUUGACUCAAAAGCAAAUGUGUAGCCCCGAACUGCUACAAACAACUGACCUUUCUAACAUGCCAUCGGGCCGCACGUCCACAUCAAUUUGAGGAGAACUGGAGGUGCCAUAGUGCAGCCUUUGUGCAGCUCCGGCAUUACAUCUUGGACUGGGGCAGCAUGGGCACGCCAUUCAGAUGUUCUUUCUCUCUUGAACACGCAUACGUAUGGCGUUAUUUAAGUGUGUUAUUAUAAUUCCACGAGAUGCUAAUAUGUGAAGCCCUAUAUUUGUUUAAAGACCAGCCUGAAUGGUUUGCGGUUUAUUUUUUCACCCCGAUAUCGGUAGAUGUAGGCAAUGUAAACCUAACCUGUAAACUUCAGCUUCCAAAACACAUCCAUUAAUUAAUUCCCCGCUAGCAAAGUCCGCGAUUCGUAUCUGCGAUCAACGAGCGCUGAUAAUGGUGUACUACGUCACGCUAGUGCAUCACUGACAAAGUUACCACCAGUCAACACCAAACAGAGAGAGAGAGAAUGACCGACAGUUUGGUUUAUUCAGACGUUGAAAGUUUGCGUUUUUCGUGCUAAAGUAGCAGUUUUUGAGAACCAUGAGAAAUGCAGACUGACAGCGUCCUAAUAAUCCGAACUGUCGCUCAUAAGUGUUGACUUUUAGCAAUGUUGUGAAUGGUGUACCAACGUGACGUAGUACACUGUUAGCAGCGCUCGUUGAUCGUAGGUGCGAAUCGUAACGGAUAAUUAAUUAACGGAUCGGUUUGGGGGAGUGAAUUUUACAAGUCAGUUUGAUAUCGCAUAUAUUUACCGAUAUCUGAAGAAAACGCAAGCCAUUCAGGCUGGUCUUUAAAUCAUAUCGGUCUUAAAAAAUGAAGUAGAUUUUUACCUGGUUGUGAGAGAACACAUAAUCAUCAACAGAAAAGUUGUCUGAUGGUACUAAAACUAUGAUGAUUAGUUAAUCUGAUGGUUUGUAUGAAUUAUUUUAUAAGUUUCCUUAAAAAUGGGAAGUAGUAAACACCAAAUCAGAGCUGUGCUUAUGUUGCUUCUAUCAGUAUUUCUGCAAAAUUGUGAUCAUCUAUGAAGAAACAGUAAACACAUUCUUAACUGAGA